AUGUUGGCUGUUUAUAACUUUCUCUUUCUGCCUAUUUACUUAGCAGUAAUUGGUACGAUUAUACUUAGUGUUUUCGUGUUUUUAAAAUCUUUGUUAGGACCCAAAGAGGUUUUACCGAAACUAUAUUAUAAGGAAUCAACGCUAGCUACUCAUGUACUACGGAAAUGUUCACUGGCUACCAGGAUGUUUUCUGUCGAAUUACUUUUACGGAAUCGCCAUCUUCAAACCUUGUUGCCAUGGAUACUGCCCCAUGCAAGUGUCCAGUUUGACCGGGAAUAUCUACUUCUUAAGGAUAAAGGGGUGGUAGCCCUGGACUGGGUCAGUAACAUUCACGUACAGAAACGGAAACGGAAGACGGUCAUGGUUGUUAUCCCGGGUAUAACCGGAUGUGCAGUAGGCGUAUCUAAGAUUUGUCAAGCGGCAGCUAAACGUGGGUUCCAAACAGUGGUUUUUAACCGCAGAGGACACGGAGGAACGGUCCUUACGACACCAAAAUUUCAAAGUUAUGGCGAUCCAUCCGAUUUACGGCAAGUCGUAAAGUAUAUACACGGCCGGUUUCCGAAAGCACUUAUCACCAUGGUAUCAUACGGGACCGGAUGUGAGGUAUUGUUAUCCUAUCUUGGUGAAUUUGGAUCAUCGGCGCACAUAUGUGGUGGUGUAUGUGUGUCUCCGUCAUUUGACAUUUCGGAGCGUUCUAAACCAAAAAUAAGCGGUGUAUACGACCUAUUUUUAUUACUAUAUUUAAAGAAAAUUCUAUGGCAGCAUGCCAAAGCACUUUUAAAAGUGGUGGAUGUACAGAAAGCCUUGAAGACUUGGUCUUUGACUGAGUAUGAUCAGUGUGUUUUUUGUAAAAUGCACGGUUACAACAGUAUUGAGGAAUUCUGGGAAAAGAACAACCCUCUUCGAGAUGUUGACGACAUAUCGAUACCUUUAAUGUUUGUCAGCAGUCUAGACGAUCCCGUGUACAAAAACAACAACAUUCCGUAUGACUUAUUUAAAUUCUAUCCUAACUUCCUCAUGGUGGCCACGGACAGAGGAGGCCAUUGUGGAUUUCUAGAAAACCUAAGGUCUCUAUCAUGGGCCGACAGUUUAACUUUGGAUUAUCUGGACGCUAUUUUGGAAUUUACGACAAAGGGAUUUACGAUAGAUUAUCAUAAAAGCCCUGCAAGGUCAACAAUAUGA